UGGGCCGGCCCCUCUUCCGACCUAGUUAGAGGUUCAGCCGGGGUGGGGCCCUUCCGCCGAGAGGAAACACCCUCUCGGGGGCCGGAGGGAUCUGGGGGCCCCAGACAGAGAAAGAUCAGGGCCCCCCACCUUACCAAGGGCGUGGGUGGGAGUGGGGACCGCCUGAUGCCCAGCCUUGUGAGAGGGGCUGGCGGGAACCCUCUUCUCUGCUUCUCCCAAGCCUGGUCUGUGCACAGGGGAAGGAAAUUAGUCCAGAGCCCCACCCAUGGGCACCCCUUUGGGGCAAGAACCUGAGAAGUGGGCUGCCCUGUGGGCAAGUGCUGGAGCCUCUGAAGGGUGGGGAGACCGGGUAGAGAGAGUCCCCUGCCUGGGCAGCCAGGCGGAGAGCCAGCAGCCCCUGUCCCCCAGGCCCUCCUCCUCCUCCUGCUGGGUGCCCAGGGCCAGGGCAGCACUCCCAGCCCCAUGUGUGACUGUGUGCACAGCUUCCAGAAGAGGAGUGGUCUGGUCUGCUGCAGGGGCUGUCCAGCAGCCCUCUUUGACCCCCGGUUGGGUUCCACAGGGCACUACCUGAAGGCCCCCUGCACAAAGCCCUGUGGCAUCCCCACCUGUCUCCCGUGCCCCCGGGGCACCUUCCUGGCCUGGGAGAACCACCACAAGACCCGCUGUGCCCGCUGCCAGGCCUGUGAUGAGGAGGCCUCCCAGGUGGCCCUGAAGAACUGCUCGGCGGUGGCGGACACCCACUGCGGCUGCAAACCAGGCUGGUUCAUGGACUGCGUCGUCAGCCAGUGUCCCCACAGCUCUCCCUUUCGCUGCCACCCGUGCCCAGACUGUGAGGCCCUGCACCGCCGCACACGGGCCCCCUGUUCCAGCGGAGACACUCACUGUGGGACCUGCCUGCCCGGCUUCUAUGAAUAUGGCAACAGCUGCGUGUCCUGCCCCACGAGCACCCUUGGGGGCUGUCCUGUGCCCUGUGUGGCUGUCUGUGGCUGGAGGCAGGUGUUCUGGGUCCAGGUGCUCCUGGCAGGCCUGGUGGUCCCACUCCUGCUUGGUGCCACCCUGACCUACACAUACCGCCGCUGCCAGCUUUGCAAGGCCAUGGUUCCUGGUGAAGCUGGGGUGGAGGCCCUGACCCCCCUGCAGGCCACCCACCUCUCACCCCCGGACAGCAGCCCCACCCUUCUGGUAACACCCAGCAGCAGUGAGAAGGUCUGCACCGUCCAGCUGGUAGGCAGCAGCUGGACGUCUGGCUCUCCCCAGGCCCAGGAGGCACCCUGCCCGGAGGUGACCUGGUCCUGGGACCAGCUGCCCAGCAGAACUCUUGGCCCGCCGCCCCCGCCCUCGCCAGCGCCCCCUGCAGGCUCGGCGGCCGCCAUGCUCCAGCCGGGCCCGCAGCUCUACGACGUGAUGGACGCGGUGCCCGCGCGGCGAUGGAAGGAGUUCGUGCGCACGCUGGGGCUGCGCGAGGCAGAGAUCGAGGCGGUGGAGGUGGAGGUCAGGCGCUUCCGCGACCAGCAGUACGAGAUGCUCAAGCGCUGGCGCCAGCAGCAGCCCGCGGGCUUGGGCGCCGUCUACGCCGCCCUGGAGCGCAUGGGGCUGGACGGCUGCGCCGAGGACCUGCGGAGCCGCCUGCAGCGUGGCCCGUGACGCCGGGGCCCACCCGCCACUUCGAGGCUCUGGUGGCCCUUGCAGAAGCCCUAAGUACGGUUACUUAUGCGUGUAGACAUUUAAUGUCACUUAUUAAGCCCCUGGUACGGCCCUGCGUAGCAGCGCCAUCCAGCCUCACCCCUGCGCGCCCCCAGGGUUCCAGUUAAGGGGAGGAAGCGCCAACGACCAUCAGCUGUUUCUCGGCCUGUGUUUGGCUGAGGCCUUGGUAUUAUUAAAUCUAUGAAA